CUGCUGCGGGGUGUGGCGGUGUCCCUGGGAAACGUGGCGUGCGGAGCGGAGCCCUUCCCGCCCCUCCAAGGAGGUCGGGCAGCUCCCGUGUGCCUCUUGUAAUUGGUGAAGCUGCCGCGCGUUACCUCACUGAGUUCAUGUGAAAAGCUGGCACCCUGUUAACUCAGGGCAGGUGCGAUAUUUGCAUAAUGAUUCUUUCAGCUCGGUGUUAAUUACCGCAGCGGAAGCGCCCUGCUAAUGAGGUUUUUGAAGUGUGUGAUGAAGGUAACAAAGGCUAUUUGAACAGAGAGGACUUUGAAGUUGCUGUAGUAAUGUUGUUUGGUUAUAAGCUCUCAGAGGUGGAGGUGGAUUCAAUAAUGUCUUCUGUGAGACCAGAAAAUUCAGGUAUAUCAUUUGAAAAGUUUUUAAAUCUUAUGAGUGCAAAGAAAUCUGCACAACUGUGUAGUGAUGAAACAAGAGAAAUAUUCACAGCUUUUGACAUGCAAGAUAGAGGAUUCUUGACUUUUGAAGACUUUAAGAAAACCUUCAAUUCUGUUCUUCCAAAAUUAUCUGAAAGAAUCAUAAUUGAAGCCUUCAGAGAGGUUGAUCAGGAUUCUGAUGGGCGCAUCAGCUUCAAAGAGUUUGAAUGUGCAAUGAAGCAUGGACAAGAUGAAGUAUCACCAUUGUACUUUGCCUGAAGUAUGCUCUCUGGUGAAAAGACAAAGUGGAAACUUUAGAUCUCAAGUUAUUUAAAAAUCAAUGGUAGUUGAUAUUGUAUGGUAUUUGGUAGUUGGUAUUGUAUGGUAGUUAUUUAAAAAUCAAUUUGUUUCAGCCAGAAUUUUAAGAACUUUGACUGUAAGUGUAGCUCUGAAGAACAGCCUUUGAAGCUUUACUGUUGACAAGUUGGGUGUAUUAAUUUACAUGUGUAUGUGUGCAUAGAAUACUUUUAUUUGAAAACUCUGUUGAUUCCCAGUCAUCCUAGUUAGGAAAUGCAAUGCUGUACUUUUUGGCUGAGAAAGAAAAGAACUGACUCUGAUUUGCAGUUAUUGUGUAAUGUACUCAUUUGAUAUUUCAACAGCCUUUUGUUGGCUGACCAAAAUAUCUCACAUAUGUAGAAACUGAUUAAAAUUAUGGUGGAUAAUGCUUGCUUCUUAGAAAUUAAUAGUAUAUUUGUCUUUCCUUUAUGGUUUCACUUUCAUAUAGUGUUCUUUUUUAUAUUGCAAAUUAUUUUUAAUUUAACAGUUUUUAGUUAAUUAUCUACCAGAUUUAAUUCUGAACAAUUGAGAACUGUGUGUUUAUAGUAAAAAAAAAUGAAGAUAAAAUGAACGUGAAUAAUUAGUUAUUUCCUUUUGAAACAAUUUUCUAAAUUGAGUUAAGAAUAAAACUUGGUCUGCUUCAUGAACUUCAGUUUGGCAUACUGAAAAUACUAUUCAAGCCUACAACUGACUUUUAGUGAAGAAUUUGUAUGGAUGUGCUUUAGCAGCAUCAAGGAAUUUUCCAAUUGUUGAGAAGAAGAAAAAGGUAGCAUUUAUCACUAUGGACACAUCUACCUUCUCCUCUCUUUCCUUUUCUUUCUUCUUCCUUCCCUCCCCACUCUUUCAUUGGGUUACUGCCUAUGGAGAUGUUCUUGCCCCCUGUAACUUUAUAUACACUCAUUCAAGCAGUGCUGUGGUGAGAUAAAUCCUCUUAUUCAAUGUAUUUUAUCAGUGAUCCCUGAUUUCCUACUGCCUUUGUGUGUUCAUAUUAGUAAUAGAGAUUUCAUUAUGGGCAUUGAUCUCUGAUCAUUUUUCAUUCUGUUGCUCCAUUUCUGUUUUCUUGCUAGUUGUUAAGCUGCUUGAAUUAGAGAUUCCUUCUGAAAUUGUGCAGAAGCAAUGCCCUCCUCAUGUGAACUUAGAGACUGUAGCACACACUUAAUGCUACUGUAAAUAAAUAAACCAAGAAUAAUGAUCACGUAAGACGAAAAGAGUAUCAGUUCUACUGUUAAAUCAAAAGAGAAAUCUUCAACAUCUUCCUAACUUUAGUGAGGCAUUCCAAAAUAUAAUGCAUGGGCAAAUUGUUAAUAAAAUAACAUCUGUUUUCUAUUCCAAUUUCCUUGGAAAUUGUACUUUACUAGACACACAAAAAGUGAAAUCUUCUUUACUUCCCAGGCAGAUAGUACAUAAAUAAUGGAAUGAAAUUGGAGGCACUGAAUACAUGAGCAGAUAUAUUCGAUUCUAUGUUCAAGAACCAGGUAUCCAUUAGAUGAAAUGAGCUGUAACUCAAAUAGCAUGCUAAUCAGUGCAAGAGAAAUGGUGUUACCUCUGAAAGGUGAUGGAAAGACCUGCUAGUAGAUAGAUGGUUAGCCUUAGAAGUGGUAUUUCCCAACAGAUGAAUGUUUUCAUAAGAGAGUCAUCAUCAUGGAUGUUAAUUAGCAAUAUCAUCACAGUCUCUGCUGACACAGAAGAUUGAAUUAUUAUUCCACAGGGAGAGUUGCUACAGGUCUAGACACAUUCAUGAAAAAAAUGUAUGAUGAGUUGCUGUGCCAUUACUUACACUACAUUUUUUUGGUCAGUGUACUUCAGUCUACUGACACAGGUGUCCAGUCCUUAUACCUGUCCCAAACACUAAUUCCAUGCAGUUUUACUUUAUUUAUUUCAAAUGAAUUAUUUAUUAAGGAGCAACUGAUGUGAAGUUUCUAUCUUACAGAAAUCUCAUUUUCACUACUAGCUUCCAUUUAGCCAUUAAAAAGUCUGUGAUGUCUUGUUAAUAUUUCUGACCUGACUGUAGUUUUCUGUCUAAAUGUCUGACAAUAUCUGCACUUUACAGACUCUGUACAACAAUAACCUUCUGUUGAAGAUUAUUACAGACAGAAAGGUCUCUGUAUACUUUUCCUUCUAAGAAAUAUAUAUCUUGUAUUUGUAGCAAGGAACUUCAGAGAGGAAAAUGCCCUCUAUUUCCUUUACUUCUAUGCACUCUCAUUCCUCGAUUUCUGAGAGACUUUAAAAGUAUGAACUUAAAUUAUUGAGAAUAGAAAAUCCAAGAGAGGUGAAUGAAAUUAUUUUACCAUGUUGCAAAGGUUUGUUGUUGUUGUUUUUUAAACAUGAUUUUUUAGAGAAGUUCUAUUCUUAAGCAUUCUUGCUUGUUUUGCUUGAUUUGCUUGUUAAGAAAUACCUGUGAAAAGCAUAUUUACAUUUGAGUUUUCAAAUGAGUGAUAAUCUGCUCAAAUUAUUUUCGUGUGGAUACUUUGUAUGCUUAGCUCAUUGCAGCUACUUUAAAGCAAAUAGAUUAUAUAACCAUACUUUCAAAAUGUAUUUCCUUUGUUCUCCUGGAACUUCUGUAAUUCACUAAAGCUCUCGGAAUCUAGUUAUGUGUUAUUUCCUUUUAAAUGACUUGAAUGAUAUCAUGGAUGGCAUGAGCAGUUGUUAAAUUGUGUUCUUUGGGUAACCUGAUAUCCCUGGUAGCUUUCACAGUGUUAGUAUUGUGAAAUCCAGGACAGCUUUGACUGAAAAAGGGUUCAGAGGACUCAGCCCAAUAUCAGGACUUUCCUCACUGGAAUGUUUUGUUUCCUUUUUUUUCUGGUGUAUCAGAAAAUGAGUAUUUCAUCCAUGUACUCAGUAAUCAGAAGAAUCCAAAGUAAAUACGUGCACGACAUCAUAGAAUGUCGAGUGUGU